UACCGGAAAUGUAGAGUAUAAGGAAGUUGACGAAGUUGCCUCCGUCUAGUUUGUGAUUCACAAGCUGGUGGAAGUCUGGAUUCAUUUAUUAAUCAUUAUUACUAUAUUCUGUAGUCAAUGAUCUAACAGAACAUGUCAGUCUAUAUCCAUGAUGGUUAAUUUUGUUUGACGUUUAAUGUUGCUGAUCGUCGUCAAGUGUUAGAAAUCAACUAUUUGGUUGGAAUAUCGGACAAUAUUAUCGAUCACUAAUCGAAGACAGAUUGUUUCAAUGACAAGGGGAUUGACGCCACGAUGGAGACCAUCCGUGCCCGUUUCGGCUUCAGGGAUAAAGACGAAACUGUCAAACUGAGGAAACGGAAAUCCCAGCUACACAACAAUGUGGUUAACGAGGGCUGGUUGACCUUCGGCAUCACCGCCUUCUCGGUGGUGUUCCGGCUGGUCAACUGCUCCCUGGUCCAGACCAGCUUCGUGCCUGAUGAGUACUGGCAAUCCUUAGAAGUCUCCCACUACAUGGCCUUUGGUUACGGCUAUCUGACCUGGGAGUGGCAGACCGGUCUCAGAGGGUUCAUCUACCCGCUGUUCUUCGCCUCCAUUUACAAAACUCUGCACUUCAUCGGCUUGGACUCUGUGACUGUGCUGAUAUGGUUUCCCAGAGUCAUGCAGGCCCUGCUUGCGUCUGCGGCCGAUGUGAAGAUGUACUUCUUCGCCCGAUCGAUGGAGAAUCCUCAUGUGGCAAAAUGGACGUACUUCUGCCAGCUGUGCUCCUGGUUCACCUGGUACUGCUGCACCCGGACCCUGAGUAACACCAUGGAGACCACCCUGACCAGCCUGGCCCUCACCUACUACCCCCUCCCGGGCUCCAAAGCACACCACAGUAAGAAGUAUCUGACGCUGGUCGCCAUGGCGAUCGUGAUCCGUCCCACGGCGCUGAUCGUCUGGCUCCCGCUGCUCGUCUCCCACUUCCACCGGGAGGAGGGCCGGCUGCGGCUCAUCACCCACCGCUGCCUCCCCAUAGGGGCUCUUACCCUGGUGAGCUCAACUGUAAUCGACUGCCUGUUCUACGGCAAGUGGACCCUGGUGCAGUACAACUUCCUGCGGUUCAACGUGCUGCACGGUCUGGCCGCGUUCUACGGCUCGCACCCCUGGCACUGGUACCUCAGCCAGGGCUUCGCAGCGGUCGUCGGGCCCCACCUGCCCUUCUUCCUCCACGGCUGCUCGCUGGCCUCCAGACGCUACAGGGUCCUGCUGGUCACCAUCGUCUGGACCCUCACGGUGUACAGCUUUCUCCCACACAAAGAGUUCCGGUUCAUCUACCCCGUGCUGCCCUUCUGCAUGCUCUUCUGUGGGAUGUCGCUGGCCCACCUGAAGGCCCGGAGGCGGGCGGCGGCGGGGGUGCUGCUGGUGGCCAACCUGCUCCCAGCGCUCUAUACCGGCCUGGUUCACCAGCGGGGGGCACUGGACGUCAUGACCCGUCUGCAGGAGCUCUGUGAGCCCCCCGGCCCCGCGGGCUCCCCCAGCCCUGAGGUCGUGUUCCUCAUGCCCUGUCACUCAACCCCCUACUACAGCCAUGUCCACUGCCCCCUCAGGAUGAGGUUCCUGGAGUGUCCCCCUGACCUCGGGGGGGCGGGCUACUCUGAGGAGGCCAGGGUGUUCUAUCAGGACCCCCUCCACUGGCUCUCAGGGGCCUUCCCAGACCGGGCCGCCCUGCCCACCCACCUGGUGCUGUUUGACGUUCUGGAAAAGGACAUUUCCGGAUUUCUGGAAAGCAAUAAAUUCACAAGGACUGCCGAGAUAUUCCACUCUCACUUCCCUGAAGGGCGAGUCGGAGGAAACAUCUUGGUCUACGAGAGACGAGCCGCGGCCCUGGAGGAAAACAUACCACCUGAUAUUUAAAAUAGCUUUUAUUUGUUUGUUAUUAAAUGUGAGACAAAACCAAGUUCGUCUGAGUUUAGUUUUUCUUUAUUGUUUUUGUUUAUCAUCCAACACGCCAAACUUGAAGGUCAAAUAAAACAUCCAGAACAAGAUGAGAAGUGGAAUGUAGAGUUGGAACAUUUAAAAGCGAUCUAACCAUGGCAAAGAACUUCACAACAACGUGAAGUACAGCAACAAGUCCAAUUCAACUUGAACAAUAAAACAUCACGUCUAAUGAGAAUCCAAACCUUGCUGCUCAACAGCUUCUUGAAAGUUGAUCAAUUUACAAUAACUAAUCUGUUGUUGUGGUUUGAAGUUCUAAUUUAUAAAGUAGAUCAAAGGAACCAGAUCACUUGGGGAACACUGCCUGUCGGAAUGGCUUUUAAGUACAUUCCCAACUAUUUGAAAACUGAACACAAAAAGCUUAAAUUCAGUAGCAUUAUACAGGAAACAUUGUGCAAAACAUGUAAGACUCUUAGUCCAAAGCAAAUCAGGAAAUAAUUAUAAAGUAAGUGGAAAGACACUAUUUGCAUAUGUUAAUAUUUUGGAUCAAACGGCAAUGGGCCCAAUUCAAUUUUGACGUCAGCCAUGUGUGUGUCUGAGUUCCCUCCUGAUCGGCUAGAUCUCCUCUCUCUCUGGGGCCGCGACCUCGCUCUCUGCUGCUGCUGCUGCUGCUGCUUGACCUGCAGGCUUUCUUUGGUCUGCUUACUGGGACCCUCCGUAGGUCUGUUGGGGAAGUUCAGAGGUGAGAAAAGCCUAUCAUUUACAAUCAUGUCACAGGUACACCUUGAAACGCUGUCACUGUUUAACUGGUCUGCGGGAGUUACCUUGGUCCAUAGCUCUUAGUGUUUGACUCUCCAUAGAAGUGCCUGUCGACGUACUCAUCGAGGUCUGCAAACACCCCGUCAUCAAGGCCGUAGUACUCGUGCAUGUUCUCCAGGUAAUCCUCCACGCGGCCGACAAAGUCUUU